UCAGGAUUUAUCCUCCUUUCUAUCUCUGUGUGUCACCGUCGGCAUUUCUAAACCUCAACAACAGGACAAUAAAACACUGAAUUUUAAAGAAAUGGACCCACAUGUUGAUCCUCAGCAAGCAGAUGACAGCACUCCAGCCGAAACAAUAGAUCCUCCCCGGAGAAUGACUAGACAACAGACUCUCACAUUAAUAUCAAUGGCAUCUGUCAACUUUAGCUCAAUGAUCUGUUACUCAAUAUUAGGCCCAUUUUUCCCUAAUGAGGCAGAAAAGAAAGGAGCCAGUCAGACUGUAAUUGGUCUUAUAUUUGGCUGCUACGCUGUCUGCAAUUUGAUUGGGUCACUGGUAUUCGGAAAAUAUAUUGUCCAAAUUGGUGCAAAGUUCAUGCUUGUUACAGGGCUUUUUGUGUCUUCAGGCUGCACCAUUCUGUUUGGAUUACUUGAUCGAGUUCCUGCAGGAUCUGCCUUCAUUACUCUGUGCUUUGUAGUAAGGUCUAUCGAUGCUCUGGGCUUUGCUGCUGCGAUGACCUCCUCUUUUGCGUUGACAGCAAAAAUAUUCCCAAACAAUGUGGCAACUGUUUUGGGUAGUUUGGAGAUUUUCACAGGACUUGGUCUUAUCAUGGGACCACCCGUCGGAGGGUGGUUCUACCAGUCAUUUGGAUAUGAAGUCCCUUUUAUGGUUCUUGGAUGUUUCCUAUUGAUUAUGGUUCCUUUCAACAUUUACGUCUUGCCAUCCAUCGAUGCAGACCCCUCAAAGGACUCAUUCUUUUGGCUUCUCACUCGUGUGAAAAUAGUGCUGAUCUGCUAUGUGAUAUUCACCUUGAGUGCAGGUCUGGGUUUCAUAGAUGCCACGUUGUCCCUGUACGCCAUUGAGACGUUUGGUCUCUCAACUGGCUACGUCGGGCUCAUCAUGCUUGGUUUAUCGUUACCUUAUUGCCUAGCUUCACCACUAAUAGGGUGUGUCACUGAUAAAUAUCCUGCCACCAGAGGUUGGUUCAUUGUGAUAGGAGCCACCGCCACAGCAGUUGGUUUCUUUUUGCUCGGUCCCAUUCCGAUUCUUCACAUCCCAAAUCAGCUGUGGUUGCUGGUCGUCAUGCUUGGUGUAAUUGGGUUUUCUCUGGGCAUGACAGCAAUCCCCACGUUUCCUGAGAUCAUCACAUGUGCAUAUGAUCAUGGAUUUGAAGAGGGAUUAAGCACUCUUGGGAUGGUGUCUGGGCUAUUUGGGGCAGUUUGGUCCAUGGGGAUGUUUUAUGGCCCAGUUGUGGGUGGCCUUAUAACACAACAUCUGAGCUUUAAGUGGGCAGCUGCCAUUCAGGGAGGCUUGGCGCUUUUGGCUGCUUUUUGCUUGGCUGUGUAUUUUCUUUGUCAACGACCACAGCCACAAAGUGUUCGAGAAGAUCGGAAUAGAGAAACUGAUGAAAGAACCCCGCUCCUGAAUGAAUGAAACCCUUAGCCAUACGAAUAAAGGACGCCAUACUGAACAUAAACUCAGCUACCUGCGUGGUGCAUUAGGUUACACAAAUAGUUUUUUAUUAUUAUUGAUUGCUUUGUAACCAUUCUAAAUUAUAUAUAUUAUAUACAUAUGCAUAUAUACUAUGUAUGGCAGGGAUUGUAACGAUUGUUACAUGAGACAUUUUGUUGCUUUCAUGGAAUAGUAUUGUAAAUUGUUUUAAAUAAGUGUCAGCUGUUUUUUUAGUAGUCACUGCUACAUCGCCUUAAAACAGAGUCAUGUAACUCUAACUUGACUUUCAGGUGGUACAUUAUAAUAUUUAAAUCAGAUUAUCAUUACAUACUACGCAGUAUAUUACAAGGUACAAGGUAUUUUUAUCUGUGGAUGAAUGUAGUUAAUGUAGUCAGUCAGUCACUGGAAAUCACAGGAAAUAUGCCUUUUCUUCUUAAGUGCAGCUGCAUUAAUGUAUACAUCACAUGAACUUCACGAUGAAAUGACACAUGCUGACCACAUUAGUAACAUGAAGGAAGCAACCGUUUUAUAUUAUUUUUAGAUUGAUGCAUUAAACAUGUCAUAAUAAAUGUCACCUUAUAUAUGGGAUAAUUUAAUAUAAUAAUAAUAUAUGAAUCAUGUCACUUUUAUCUGCAGCUAGGGAUGACAUGUUUAAAGACAAGAAAUCUGAACUUUUUUACUGAUUUGAAUAAAAAUGAUAACUAUGUAAAAUCA